GUAAAGAUAUAGAAACGUAUCUCGGUUCGGAUUAUACGAAUGAGCGUUAUCUCCGCGAUAUGUCGACUUGAUAUUUAACGAGAAAGAUCUGAUCGGAUCUGAUCGAAUGUGCGAUGUCUCGUGAAAGCGAUACGAAAGAUAUGAUCGCGAUGGACGAGUAUCAAGUAACGGAGGAUGAUGAGAUAGCUGCUAUUGAGUAUGAGCUACGACAAAUAGAGAACGAACUGCAGAAGUUGCAAGAUCGCAAGGAAAUAUUGACGCAACGCAAAGAGAAAUUGCGCGACGAUGCUCUCUUGAAGAAAAGUUUUUCUCUGUCCAAGAAAAAUUGGAGCAAUCGAGAUUUCCCUUGGUCCACGAAACUCGUGAAAACGUUAAAGGAUGUAUUUAAGAUAGAAGAAUUACGAGAGUUACAAUUACCGACUAUGAAUGCGAUCAUGUCGAAGGAAGAUGUUAUAUUGAUUAUGCCUACAGGUGGUGGUAAAAGUUUAUGUUAUCAGUUGCCGGCUGUGAUCAGCGAAGGUAUAACGAUAGUAAUCUCACCAUUGAUAUCCUUGAUGGAGGAUCAGUUGUAUGGAUUACGUAAACUCGAUGUAAAAGCCAAUAUAUUGUGCGCAAAGGCCGACAAGGAGAGUGUCAAAUCGGUUAUGACGACCCUCGUGGAUAAAAAUUCAUCUCUCAAAUUGAUUUAUGUAACGCCGGAAUAUAUGGCCAAGUCCACGCGCUUCAUGAAUAAGUUACAGAAAGCGUACGAGUUGGGACAUCUGGAUCGUUUUGCGAUAGAUGAAGUACAUUGUUGCAGUCAAUGGGGUCAUGAUUUCAGGCCAGAUUACAAAUUCUUAGGAAUACUCAAAUCCAUGUUUCCAGGAAUACCGAUUCUAGGUCUCACGGCAACAGCCCCGGCCAAGAUCAUCGUAGAUGUGCAGAAAAUGCUAGACAUUAGUGGUUGCCUGGUUUUACGAGCUUCGUUCAACAGACCCAAUUUGUACUACGAGGUUCGUCGCAAGCCAGCGGACAAGGAAACAUGCCUCGCGAUGAUAGAAAAUUUGUUGAAGAAUCGAUUUAGCGGCAAAUCGGGUAUAAUUUACACAACUACGAUUAAAGAUGCGGAGCAAUUAACGACGGACUUGAGAAACAGAGGUAUCAAAGUCGGAUGCUAUCAUGCGAUGCUCGAAGCCGAUUAUCGAUCGGAAGUCUACUCCAAAUGGAUGUCGGCGAAAACUGAUGACAUAACGGUCGACUACCUGUCUAAUUACGAUAACACGACGAUGCCUCUGCCGAAUAUUUUGAGGAAAGCGAGCAACUACAUCCUCGGCGAAUGCGGUCAGGACAAUCGACGUGUCAUCUAUCAGGAUGGCGAAGCGUUAUUUUGCAAAAAUAACGUUUGCGUGCAUCCUCCGACGUUAAUGAGACAAUAUGCCGACGUGGUACAUCAUCCCGGGUAUUUGACUAUAACUUGCAAGUUAAACAAGAAUUCAAACUUGCCGACCCUGCACCUAAGUUGGAUACCGAAUAGCACGUUGCGCAAACAUCCUACCGCCUUGGAGAAUCUGAGUGCUAGGAACGUUGCCGUGCAUCGAGACGAUGAUCCGAUGUUCUCCCAUUCCCGAAUCCCUGAAAAAGUUCAUGGUGAUUCGCGUAACAUUUCGGACGUGAGAUACGAGCUCGAAAACGAGAACGAGAAUGAAAACGAUACCGAAAAUGAUAAUGGAAAUGGGAAAUUGGACGGAUGUUUGGAGGCGAAGGAACCCGUCAAUUGCGGAGAUUGCGAACGCGUCUGUUCCGGUUCCGGUUCUGGUUCCAGCUACAGCUACGAGUAUCCACGUCAUCGAAAUCCAGGCAUGGUGAAUCGCAACGACGACAAUAUCAAGACUUGCGAUAUUGAAAAUCGCCUGGAUACGGAUUUGGUAGAGUCGAGCAACGAGAACAGAGAUUUGAAAGAGCGAGACUUUAACGAGAUCGACGCGAGAAGCGUUGACGAGGAACCGGCACGCUUCUCCUUCCGCGAUGAUGCGAGCAUCAAGAGUCGCAGCUUGUCGUUAACUUCGACGUGCAGCCUGUCAAUCUCGGUACCUACCGAUGCCGAGGAGAUGCCGUCGUGGAUGAGGUCCCCGGAACUUCUAGCUUUGCAACACAAUCUUGUCUUUCCUGAGAGCGCAACCGCUUCGCCCGUGACACUGCGUAGAGCGCAUCGAUGUAGAAGAUUUUCGGUGGACCUCAGCGAAAUGCGAUCCUUGAGACUGUUCUUCGCCGAUCCUGCUUGCACCAGCGGCCAAUUGGUCGUGGCGAGCAGAGAGAGCCAGUAUAAGAUUUUGCAUUUCCAUCAUGGCGGUUUGGACCGGCUAGCCGCCACUCUACACCAAUGGCAUCAAUUGCUUUAUCCGCGCUUGAACGCGGACACGGAAGAGACUUUGCCGUAUAGGCACUUCAUGGUAUGCCGGCCGGAAGUGAGCCGAGACGAAUUACAUCCCGAGGAAGGUCAAGUGCCGAUGAUCACAUCGUUAGCCUGGAAGGAUUUAUUGAAUGAACGAGGCCAAGUGGAGGAUGAUCUUGCUCUUCGUAAAGGGAUCUUUUUCGGGGGUUUGGAACCGGCGCUACGAAAGAUCGUUUGGCCCUUUCUGUUACACUGUUACUCUUAUCAAAGCACCUACGAGGACAGAGAACAGAUCGAUGCCAUUAGACGGCAGGAAUACGAAGAGAUAGAGAAACGCAGACUGAACAUGAAUCCUGAACAGGCCGAGCGUUUCUGGCGUAACGUCGUGUGCAUAGUGGAGAAAGAUGUUGUCCGCACGGAUAGAGCUAAUCCAUAUUAUGCCGGUGAGGGUAAUCCCAACAUCGAAGUAAUGAAGAAUAUUUUACUCAAUUACGCGGUAUACAACUGCCGCUUGGGUUACACUCAAGGGAUGUCCGAUCUCCUGGCACCUUUAUUGGCAGAACUCAACUCCGAAAUCGAAGCUUUUUGGUGUUUCGCGGGUUUGAUGCAAAGAUCGGUAGCUGUAUGUACUCCGACCGAUACGGAUAUGGACAGAAAUCUAUGCUAUCUCCGAGAAUUAGUAAGAAUCAUGGUUCCAGAUUUUUAUGCGCAUCUUGAAAAACACACGGAUGCUUUAGAGCUUCUGUUUUGUCAUCGAUGGAUACUCUUAUGUUUGAAAAGAGAAUUCUCAACCGAGAUUGCAUUGGUAAUGUGGGAAGCCUGCUGGGUCAAUUACCUGACGGAUCAUUUUCACUUGUUUCUUUGCCUCGCUAUAAUGUGCGUUUACGCGGACGAUGUGAUUGCUCAGGAUCUUCGAACGGACGAAAUGUUACUGCAUUUCAGUUCACUGGCCAUGUACAUGGACGGGAACGUUAUACUUCGAAAGGCACGAGGUCUGCUUCAUCAUUUUCGUCAGCUUGUGCGUUUACCUUGCACGUUGGCCGGACUGUGCCGACAAUGUGGUCCGGGAAUGUGGGACAGUGCGCACGAUCCAGUGAUAGAGUGUGUGGGUCACGAAGAUACGCAUUGCCCAUAUUUAAAUAAUUACGAAUAAUUGUCUAAUUUAUACGAAGGAAAAAGAGAGCAUGUUACAUCAUCAGUAUUACUUGACGUACGGAUUGUCUCAUCGUUUCAUCAAUGACUAGAUUAAGUCCUUGUUUUCUUUUGCACAAUCUCUUCUCUCUUUACAUCGAAUUUUGAUUCAAAGUCUAUAAAGUUUUCUGCAAACGCUAAUAUUUACGAGAUGUAUCAAAUAUAGUUACUCUCUGUGCUCUCUUUUACACGUGAAUAAACUCGGAUUGUCACAAAUAUGAUGAUACAUGACAUAACGUGCGUUCUCGUUUUUGUAUAUGCUGUUGACUUAUUGAAUUGAUCAAAAAGAAGAAGUAAAGCAAUGAUAUAUCAAGCACUAAUUACCUGUGUUAUACGUUAUACAUCGUUAUACAUUUUAAAUUAAUACCGAAACACGAAGACAUAUCUCAAAAUCUAAUCUCAUAUUAAGCUCAUUGUCAGUUGAAAAAAAGUAAGCUUGCAAGAUGUGACGUUGAUAACAUUAUAUAUUAAUAGAUAGAUGCAUCUAUACUAAUCGCAAUGUCAAAGAAUGAGAGGAAAGGAUACUUAAUACAAGAAUGUCAGAAUGUUGAAAUCAACUGGGAUGGAAAGAUAUCCGUCACCUCUCUCAUUAGGCUUGUUCUUUUUAAUUCAACCUCUUGCAUGGUUCAUCUUUCUUCUUUAUCUCUCUACGUUACAGAAAAGAAAAGAUGAACGAAGUUGCAACGAAUGAAGAUGAGAGAAAUUCAGGCCUUAUAAUCUUACUUCAUAUACGAAUUUCUGAUCUAAUGAGCUUAAGUUGGAAAUCAAAGAGAGAAAUCAAAUCGUAUGAAUACACGAAAAUACAUUUAUUGUGAAAAUGUAUGUGUGCGUGCGCGUACGUGUGCGAGCAUGCAUGCACACAUGCACACUCUAAAUAGUGCAGGGUAUGAAAUGGAGCCAAUUAUAUAUUCACUCCAAAGUGUUCACUUACGUUUGUAUACAUACGACACAUUCUUCACAUUACAGCCAUAUAACGUUUCUUUCGAAAUUUUAAAAUACAACACGCCAAAUUUUCGUUUCUUAUUGAAAAUUAAUCGAGCAUAAUCUUUGUAACAUAAUUGCACAACUGCACAUGUAUCGCAUUCGACUUUAUCCAAAAACAAACACGAAGUAUUGGAAUGAGAUAAUUUAACCAAACGAUUCCAAAUGAAUAAGGGUUCAUCUUUUUUAUUUUUAUUAUUAUUAUUAUUGUUGUUGUUGUUGUGUAGUAGAGUCCGUUAUCAUAAAUAUACGUAAAGAAGCUAUUUAAUAAUACAUUCAAGAUUUUUACAGAUGUUCUUAUGCACAAAGGCGAUUGUAACACAUUUUACACUAAUCCACUUGAUCAGGGAUGUAAAACUUUAUUCAAAAAUAUCUCGCUUUUAUCAUGCUAUUUGGUAUCGUUGAAAUCUUGAAGAGAAAUCUAUCUUAAGCGUUAAGAUUUAUCCCAUAUGGAUCUCAGAGUUUGUAAUAAAUAUACAAGAAAUGUGUGUGUAUGUAGAAAUGUGUGUAUAUGUAUAUAUCGGUGCAAAUAAAUCGGCAGAAAGACUUGUAUAAUCAA